AUGAGCUCUGACUCUAGCUCUAGCGAGACCAGCUCAGCAUGCUCAACUACCGAGACAGAGGACAGCGAUCGGCCGAUCCCUGCACAACGAUUUGCAGUGGACAUUGUGGCGUUGACCCGGGAAUGGGGAAAUGCUGACUCGGAGCUUUCUCUCGACACGCCUCCAUCUCCGCAAGGACGCCAUACCCGGUACAGGAAUAUGGCUUUGGCUCUUGAGGCUGCUGAGAGACGCCUUUCUAGCCGGAGCCAGCUUAUUCAAUCACCUGUGUGUUUCGAGAACCCCAGGGUGCAGGCCUUUGCGAGCUUUGUGAUCUUUGUGACUACGAACACAAGGACCAUGGUUAAUGCAGCAGUCGUGGACCACUACAUCAACUCAAGAGGCUUUGAGGCGUUUGCUGAUACCACUUGGAAGUUAGACUCGCUGGCAAAAGACUCCUGGUAUUUUGUCUUCCUGGCAAUGGAUAUUAGUUUUAUGUUAUUUCAGAUUGCCUGCGUGCGCCGUGACCGGUGCAUGGCCCAGCUCUGCCAGCGCUUAUGGAGGAACGGUGCGUACGUCAGAUGGGUUGCCUUCCAGAUUUAUUCCAUCCUGUUCCUGGGGAUUCUCUCAGGUUGGCAGCUUGUGCGCGGAUAUCGGCAGUUACGCAGCCAAGGGUAUCGGGACAGUUUCCUGCUUGAGCUCGGUGACCCAUCAAUGGCUGACAGCGGGGCAUUCCGAAUGCCAUUCUACAGCAGUCAUCUCACAUUCUUUUACGAGAUGCCUUUCAUGUUGCGAAUAUGCCAUUUCCUUUCCAGGGAUCGCCUGUCAGCAUUCAACAUCAUCGUUACUCUUGCGGCUGGUGGCUCCUUCGCCUUAGUCCUAUUUGCACUUUUGACUUUGGACUACGGAGUUUCAAGCGCCUUGGUGCAACAUUACCACAGCUCAAAGCGACGCUUUUUCAGUGUGGCGCAUGCUUGUCUUCGUGGAACGGAGAUGCUGGCCCGCGCCCUGGUGGUGACAUCUACCAUGUUGGGUAUUGCCGGCCGAAUGUUUGGGAUUUGGCUAUUUGUAGCAGCAUUGUUUGACUGGCUGAUAGGACUAGUGUUGUUGUCGUGGGCCUCGACGGGUUUCUCCAAAAGAACUGUUUUUCUGUCAAUUCCACUCUUUGGUGCGAACAUUGCGCUUUUUGCCGACCUGCCGAGCUUGGCCGGUCGAGUACGGGUGCUGACAGUCUGCUUGGAUGUCUUGCGAUCGCUGGAACUGGGGCCUGCCGUAUGGUUCUACAUCCUGGAGUAUCGUGCCAUUGAAUCUGGCCAGUUAAAUGGGAACAUGGUUUUCCACAUACGAGUACUUGGGUGCCUGGUUACGAUGAUUUGUGCUUGGUGCGCGCACGUGCUAUUGCGGUGGUCACUUUCCGCUCACGGCCUGAGAGGGGUGGCCAAAGAUGCCAGUGAACCUGGGAAGCUAGAGACUGGUGGGCAGUUUGAUGAUACAGUUUUUGGCUCAUCACUGGACGAAGCUUAUUUCUACCAGCCAGAUGGCAUGGCAGACCUGGCAGGCUGGCUCUUUUCCAAGGGCAUCGGGGAUCAGUUCGCUUCAUUGCUGGAGAUUUGUUGGGAGCGUCAGCCUUUGAGACUGUCGCGCCUGGAAGCGCUUGCCAAACUGGGUGAAGGAGGUUUUGGUCGGGUCUACAAGGUACGAGAUACCCGACGAGGGAACCAGUAUGCGCUGAAACUCCAGGGAAGAAGUCGGGUUGCAUCUGCAGCUGUCCGGGAAGCAAACGCGCUGCAUGAGGUCAAGCACCUGUUUGUUGUAGAACUGGUUCAGGUCUUCUGCACGUCUUCUUUCUAUUGCAUUCUUCUAGAGUUGUGCGAUGUUGAUCUGAACAGACACAUUCUGGACUGCCAGAAUGCGUUUGGGGUCGCCGAGGGCCUGCCAGAGCAGGAUUCUAAGCGGUUCCUGGGGUGCCUCUUUCUGGCCUUGCAGCACCUUCAUGAACGAGAAAUUGUUUUUUGUGAUCUCAAGCCCGAGAACAUCUUGAUACAGGCCUUUUGGCAGCGAGGGACGCAGCUGAAGCUGGCGAAAUUGGCUGAUUUUGGAUUGGCAAAGUCCAUUGACAAUCUAUCACAGUCGUCCAUGUCCUCUUUGUGCGGCCGCUUCUCUGGAACUCCAGCUUUCUUGCCGCCAGACAGGCCUUUCACAUCUGAGUCGUCGCAGGACUCUAUGGCUGACUCUCCUGGCACGAUGUCACGGCUAUUUGUUAGUCGGGAUUGGUAUGCCUUGGGCUGCGUCUUAUUCCUAAUGCUGUUUGGCGAAGUAGGCGGUAAGAAGAUUCGACAUGGAGUCCGGGCGAUUCUGCUGCCGCCUCCAAUGGAAGUCAUUGCAAACGUGAUCUCAGAUGCAGCAGCAGCAGGCGCUCACAGUCAAGCAGCUCUGGAUUUGAAUACCAGACUUUUGGCUCCGUUGCCCCAGCGCGGUGGCGGUGACGAUGUAAAGAGCAGUCCUUUCCUUGCAGACACGUUGCCUUUCCUGGAGAACAUGGUCAGAGAUUUCAGCUCCUCGCGAUGA